AGACCAAAGCAACGGGGCUUUAAAGAGGUGUGAGGAGGAGCUAGCGACAUGGGCGAAGAGCAUGAAUAACCAUGAAGCAAGUGCAAUGAGCCACGCUCCUCAUCAUUACUCCCAUUAUUGUCUUCAUCAUCACUCCCUCCAUUAUUUGUACUGAAGUCACAAACUCACCGUCACUUGUUGGAGCUUUUGAUCAACCACCGCCACUCUCAUUCCCACUAACAAGGAGAAGAAAAAGGAAGGAGAAAGAAAGAAAUUAAAGACUACGAGUCCACGUACAUACGUCUGUGCUGCUGUGGUUCAGCCAUGGAGUGGCAGAUGGCAAUGGCAGAGGAUGGAGGGGGUGUAAUGGCUGCUUAUUAUUCCACCGGCGCCUCGCGCUCUGUUCCACCAUCCAAUACAACAUCGGCUUAUGGCUCAGUUAUUCCGCCUCAAACCUCCAGUGUUUCUUACUUUUCCGGCGGCUCUGACACCAAAUUCUUCUCCGCAAUGCCAGCGGAGACGCCGUCGUCAAUCGUUGCCGGUUUCGCCUCUGUUUUGCCAUCGCAGCAGCAGAGCUCGCUCGACCUUUAUGCCCCACAAUGCGAGGACGAGGCAGAGCUCGAGUGGCUGUCCCAGUUCAUGGAGGAUUCUUUUUCGGACACGCCGAACGAGGUCGGUUGGAGCUCAAUCUCGCCUCCCCUUGCCUGCGCUGAGCAAGUCCACAAGGAGACGCCGACCACAGCUCGCGGAGCUCGAAGCAAGCGGUCCAAGGCCGUCGCCUGGUCCUCAUCGGUGGCGCCGUCGCACCAACCGGGGCUGAACUCGCCGUCCUCCUCCAUUUCUUCAUCUUAUGAAUUUCCGACCUCGGAGUUGAGUUCCUCCACAGGCUCCGGGAGAAACAGGAGGAGGGAGAAAAGCAGAGCGACCGAGGAGGGCAGCGCGACACGUCGUUGCACCCACUGCGCGUCGGAGAAGACGCCUCAGUGGCGCACGGGGCCGUUGGGGCCGAAGACACUGUGCAACGCAUGCGGGGUGAGGUACAAGUCCGGGAGGCUAGUGCCGGAGUACCGGCCGGCGGCGAGCCCCACCUUCGUUCUCGCGCAGCACUCCAACUCCCACCGCAAGGUCAUGGAGCUCCGACGCCAGAAGGAGUUCCUCCUUCGACACCACCAGACCGACACUUCCUCCGUCUCUCGGUCGGAAGUUCUAUAUGAUGAUCAUGGCUACGGUGUCUCCUGAACUGCCGGCGCCGGCAGGCGGCGGCGGUACCUGGUCUUUCAAAAUCUAAAUUAGCAGAUCGUUUAUCAAACUGUUUGAUCAUCUUUAAUAAUAAAGUAACAACUUUCCUAUAA